CGGGACGGGACGUGACGCGCCGGCUCUCGCGUUAGUUGGUGGCUGCGCGCGGGAGGUUCGAAACGGCGGUGCGCGGUUUUAUAGAGAGAAGAAGAAAUAUGGCUUCUUUAAAUAUGGAAGACUUAUGCUCUUACAUCAAUACAAGGAUUUCAACGAUCAAGAAAACUCUUCAGUUAAGAAACAUAGAUCAGGAGCCAUCCUUGAAAUCUGUGCUAUGUAAAAUUGGACAUGAGAUGUCUCUUUUAAAUGAACUCCUGAAUAGAAUGGAAAUAGAAGUUCAGCAUCAAGAAAAACUGAAAAAUACACUUAAGGAGAUCCAAGAGUCUGCUGAGAGGGACUAUAAUGAAGUGCUGCACCUGUGUGAAAAUAUUCCUCCUCACCUACCCAAAACAAACCAAAGCUGUACCACGGGACUAUUUGGAAAGUCUGAAGAACAGAGCAACAGCACAGAACCUGAACGUGCAAAGAAAUCUGUAAAAGAGCCAAAAUUUAUUAAAGAAGCGCCCAUAAUAACAGCAGAAGAAUUUGAAAACGUUCCUGCGUAUAUGCGAGGUCGUCUAACAUAUGAUCAAAUAAAUGGAGUUAUUGAAGAUAUGAACAGGGCUGUGAUAAGCAAGUAUAAGAUCCUACAUCAGCCAGUAAAAUCAAUGAACUCUGCGGCCAGAAGUCUGUACAACAGAUUUUUAGAAGAAGAAACAAAAGAUACUAAAGGUGAGUUUUUUAUUGUGGAAGCUGAUAUCAAAGAAUUCACUCAACUGAAGGUGGACAAGCGCUUUUAUAGCAUCCUGAACAUCCUGCGUCACUGCCAGAGAGUGCGAGAAGUCCGUGGCUCACGGCUUGUCCGUUAUGUUAUCUGCUAAUAGGUCUUUGGACUUGAUUUUGCCUGUAAUGUGGAGGACGUGCAUGUUUUGCCAGGCCUAAGUAUUUUGUUGCUUGCAGAAAGACUCUGCCUAUGGAAAUUCCGAUUUGAGCUCAUUUAUUUUUUAAAUGACAAAAUAAAAAACCUAGUUCAUUUGUCAGGCUUCCACUCAGAAUUAUUACCAUAAUUUUGCUUUCAUAUGCAUUUAUUCUUCAGGUUUAAAAACAUAUGAGUGUCUUGACAUAUGUAAAAUAAGCUAAAAUCUUUUGAUUCUGAUGUUUUGUAAAUACUGAUCUAAGACAGGUAUACAGCUGACAUUUCUUGCAACCUCCAGAGAUAACCGCUCACAAACAAAUGUUUUAACUAUACUGAUAGUGCUGGUCUGAAAAGCUGCAUUCCCUAUAGUGUCAUACUUUUUAUUAAUAAAAUUACAUUUGUUUUUAAUACUAAUUAUUUGGAUGCAUUAAUUGGUUGGUACAGCCAACUUAUUUCCAUUCUUUUUCGUCAGCUUUCUUCUACAUCUACAGACUCCUCUGUGGUUUCUAAUGUAAGUUGGACAAACAGGUCUGAGAUUUAUUUAAGAGGAUAAUGAUGGUGUUGAUCCUACAAUACAUAUCUUUGUUACAUUGCAUCACAAAGCCAGGCUUUGCCCUCAGUUAACAAAGAAAAAAACCAAACAGUGGACAGUGAUAAUGCAACUGGGACCAUUGACUUGCAUGUCCUUGAGAAUAUUAUUUAACAUGUCAGCUUCCUUGCAAAUUUUAUAUAUAAUGUAGCUUUCAUAGAAGCUAUUGCUGUAAAAAAAAAAAUAAUAAUAAAAAAAAUAGAACUGUUGUCAAAACAAAUUCCAGUGUUGCUGGUUGUUACUAUUGUGUUGUUUGACAAAUAAAGAAUUUAUUUCCUUUC